AUGGUCACCAUCGAUUCCUCGUCCAAUUUGCGCUCCAACGGUAUCGCUCCUAGCGCAGCUUUCACGGAACGCACCAUCCUCUCCCACGAGCCUCCCAUGCGGUGCCGCGGGGGGAUUGAAACGCCACUGAGUAUGAGCAUCGGUGAACUGUCCGAAAUUCCCGAACCGACCACACGCGCGAACAUUUGGUCCUUCGAACCGGGGCUGCUGCUGGCGCAUCUGUACGAGAAAGUGGCCAACGCCAUCAACUUCCGAGGCAAAGCGUUCUUCUGGACGGAUUCCAUGAUCGUACGCUGCUGGCUUGCGUCACUGCCGUCCAGAUGGAACCAGUUCGUGGCCAACCGUGUGUCCGAGAUUCAACAUCUGACGGAGAGCGGUUCUUGGGACCAUGUGCCCGGAAUAGAGAACCCAGCUGACAUAAUUUCUCGCGGCAUGACACCGAUGCAGCUGCAGUACUCAAAGCUUUGGUUCAACGGUCCUGAUUGGCUAAGUCUCGACCACCAGCACUGGCCGCACGCUCAAGUGCCGAACGCAGCAGACUUCGACCACGAAGAACUGGAGGAACACAAUGCUGUCGCUGCAGUUGCACAUGACGCCGAGCCCUGCAGACUGUUCACAGCGAAUUCGUCGUACACCGUGACAAUACGGACGACCGCUGUAAUCUGCCGCUUCUGUUUCAACAGCCGUGCGGCGAACAAGCACUGUCGCAGAGUUGGUCCGUUGACGGCUGGAGAGCUCGAGGUCGCUUUGAAGAAGCUGGUGCGCCUCGCUCAACGAGAAUGCUUCCCGGAAGAGUACGAUGCUUUGUCCAGAGAUCGCGCGAUUCCAAGUAACUCCCGCAUCGCUGCGCUGAACCCAAGAAUCAUCGAUGGAAUCCUGUGCGUCGGCGGCCGGUUGCAGCACGCCGCAGUCUCGGACAAUCGGAAGCAUCCGUACAUUCUCGACCAUUGUCAUCCGUUCACGAAGCUUAUCGUCACACACUAUCACGAGACCAUGUUUCACGCUGGACAACAACUGUUGAUCUCUGCUGUGCGUGAGCGUUUCUGGCCGAUCAACAUCCGCAACCUCGUUCGCGAGGUGAUCCACAAGUGUGUCGAUUGCUUCCGUGUCAAGCCGAAGGUUCUGGACCAGCUCAUGGCGGAUCUGCCGCCCGAACGAGUCACUCCGUGCACACCGUUCGCACGAGUCGGAGUUGACUACUGCGGACCUUUUCAGGUCGCGUACCCGCAGCGCCGAGCUCGCCCAGUGAAGUGCUUCGUUGCCAUCUUCGUCUGCCUGGUCACCAAAGCUGUUCACCUAGAACUAGCAGCAGACCUAACGACGCAGGCAUUUCUGGCGGCCCUCAAACGGUUCACUGCCCGGCGUGGCAAACCGAAGCUGGUCAUGUGCGACAACGCCAAGAACUUCGUCGGCGCAAGACGUGAGCUGAACGAACUCGCCAAGCUGUUCCUAAGUCAGCAGUUCGAAGAGGAGAUUAUCCGCGAAAUAGCGAACGACAACAUCGAGUUCAAGUUUAUUCCCGCUCGCUCGCCGAACUUCGGCGGCCUCUGGGAGUCCGCGGUGAAGAGCUUCAAGUUGCUGUUCAAACGUACGAUCGGGCUGCACACCCUGCUGUACGACGAGUUCCAGACUGUGCUGGUCCAGAUCGAAGCGAUCCUCAACUCGCGACCGCUCACGCCGCUCAGCAACGACCCCGCAGACUUCGAAGCGCUGACCCCAGGACACUUCCUGAUCCAGCGUCCACUCACUGCGAUUCCAGAACCAAACCUCGACCACAUUCCCGAGAACAGACUGUCGGCCUGGCAAACCGUCCAGCGGUACACGCAACAGCUCUGGAAGAAGUGGUCCAACCUUUACCUGUCGGACCUGCACAACCGCACGAAGUGGACUAAGCAGAAAGACAACGUCGCAGUCGGAACCAUCGUCCUGCUGAAGGACGAGAACCUCCCGCCGUUGAAGUGGCAGCUCGGACGCGUUUCCGAUAUCCACCCGGGAGCUGACGGCAAUAUCCGUGUCGUCACGGUGCGCACAAAGGACGGUAGCUAUCAGCGGGCGAUCUCUAAGAUCUGCAUUCUGCCGAUCCGUGACAACCUUUCUACCGCGCAAGGGGAGAACUAG